AGAGCCUGCUUUGACAGCCCCCCGCCCUACGCGCCAGUAACCACCACGGACGAAUACAAAUACGGAGCUGCUGGCUCUCUGUCAUUCAACGAGAUAUUAACCUUACAGAUCACUUCCUUGAGAUUAUUUCUUCUCCAAUUAAAAAAUAUAUUAGCAAACCCUCUUAGCAAACAUGGCGCCCAACAGAAUCGACAUUCACCACCACUUCGUCCCGGAUUUCUAUAGAGAAGCUGUUAUCACGUCUGGGGGAGAUCCCUCGGGUUGGUUCAUUCCCGACUGGACCCCCGAGCUCGAUGAGGCCGUCAACAAAAAGUUCGGCAUCACAACGACCAUCUUAUCUCUCACCGCUCCGGGGGCUUGCAUCCUCAAGGAUCGUGAUGCCAGCGCAGCCCUGGCCCGCAAGACCAAUGAGUAUGCUGCCAAGCUCCGGGACUCCAACCCCAAAAAAUACGGCUUCUUCGCCGCCCUCCCCAACAUCCUAGACGAGGAUCUUGCCUUGGACGAGAUAGCCUACUCCCUGGACAUACUCAAGGCUGACGGCGUCACUCUCUUCACCCGCUACGGCGAGGACAACCACUACCUGGGCCACCCGGACUUUAAAGGUAUCUGGGCGGAGCUGAACCGGCGACAUGCCGUGGUGUUCGUGCAUCCAACGCACCCGGUAGACAUCAGCCAGGUGAGCGGGAUGCCGCAGCCGGUGAUCCGGUACCCGUUCGAGACGACGACGACGGCACUGGACAUGCUGCACAACAAGACGGGGCGCAACAACCCCAACUGCAAGAUCAUCCUCUCUCACGGGGGCGGCACCCUUCCCUACCUGAUCGGCCGCCCGGCCAGCAUCUUACCCAAGGGCCAGGAGGAGCUCGAUGCCUUCUGGGACGACGCCCGAAACUUCUACUACGACACGGCGGUGGCGGGCACGGAGAACGUGUUCAAGGUUUUGGAGACGUUUGCCAAGCCGGGCCAUCUCUUGUAUGGCAGUGACACGCCCUACGCGAACAACAGCAUCAUCGACUUCCACACCAGCCGGCAGGAUAGCUACAAGUUCCAGGACUCAAAGAUGCAUGACAAGAUCAACAGGGAGAAUGCGCUCGAGUUGAUCCCUAGACUCAAGGAUUGAAAUGGGUUCGAUUUUCCAGGAAUUAGUUUGAAGCAAACUGUGUAGCUAUGUCCACUGGGUAUUUACUUUUGACUGGUGGCAAGAUAAUUAGUUACCAAUGAAGUUGAACGUCGGCAGCCCAACAGGCG